AUGCCGCUUGCAGUUGGCGGUCCUGUGGGUUACACUCCUCCAGAGGGGGGAUGGGGUUGGGCAGUUGUGGCUGGUGCCUUCAUCUCUAUUGGUUUCUCCUAUGCCUUCCCAAAGUCCAUCACUGUGUUCUUCAAGGAGAUUGAAGUAAUCUUUCAAGCCACCAGUAGCCAAGUCUCCUGGAUCUCAUCCAUCAUGCUAGCUGUCAUGUAUGGUGCAGGUCCAAUUAGCAGUAUUCUGGUGAAUAAGUAUGGCAGUCGUCCAAUCAUGAUAGCAGGGGGCUGCCUGUCAGGAGCUGGACUCAUUGCUGCAUCUUUCUGCAACACAGUGGAGGGCUUGUAUUUCUUUGUGGGUGUUGUAGGAGGUUUCGGACUUGCGUUCAAUCUCAACCCAGCCCUUACUAUGAUUGGCAAAUACUUCUACAAAAGGAGGCCGAUUGCGAAUGGCAUUGCCAUGGCCGGCAGUCCUGUGUUUCUAUCCACUUUAGCUCCUAUGAACAGUUGGCUUUUUGACCAGUUUGGUUGGAGGGGUAGCUUCCUAAUCCUGGGUGGGCUUUUGCUCAACUGUUGUAUAGCUGGAUCUCUCAUGAGGCCUAUUGGGCCAAAACCCAAACCUGCUGUGGAGAAGGUUAGUGCUAAUGGAGAGAAGAAGACAGCUAUGCAGAUUAUCAACAGUUUUAUUGAUCUGUCUCUCUUCAAACACCGUGGAUUCCUCCUCUACCUCAUAGGCAACAUUGUCAUGUUCUUUGGCCUUUUCACCCCACUAGUUUUCCUCAGUAAUUUUGCCAAAAGUAGGGAUAUAGCAAAGGAUAAAGCAGCUUUUUUACUUUCAGUACUGGCCUUUGUGGACAUGGUGGUGCGGCCAUCCAUGGGAACAGUGGCCAACACUAAGUGGGUCAGACCGAGGAUACAGUAUUUCUUUGCCGCCUCAGUUCUAUUUAAUGGUGUAUGCCAUAUUCUUGCACCUCUUUCAGUUGAUUAUCUAGGGUUUGUUAUCUAUUCUGUCUUCUUUGGGUUUGGGUUCGGGUGGCUGAGCUGUGUGCUUUUUGAAACCCUGAUGGACUUGGUAGGAGUUCAGCGCUUCUCCAGUGCUGUGGGCCUGGUCACCAUUGUGGAAUGUGGACCAGUUUUAAUUAGCCCUCCAUUGCUCGGAAAAUUUAAUGACAUCUACCAUGACUACAAGUACACUUACAUUACCUGUGGAAUAGUCCUGAUGGUUGCAAGCAUGUUCCUUUUUAUCUGCAUGGGCAUUAACUAUAGGCUACUGGAUAAGGAAGCAAAGGAGGAAGCUAGAAAAUCUCAGCUAAAAGGAAAAGAGGAAGAAUCCACCAUAGACAUUUCAGACAAGGAGACAGCUACUGGACAGAGAGAAAACAGAGACAAUAAAACAGCAGAAGAUACUGUGUGACUUCCCCUAUCCAGACAUGAUUAUACACUUUUGAGGAACUAUAUAUGUCAUGCUUUUUGACAUAGUUGUAUAAUUAUUAUU